AUGGCGACAAAACUAAAAGCUGCAAUCCUGAUUGUCUCAGACACUGCCUCGAAAGACCCUGCUUCUGACAAGGUUGUCGAUGCACUUGCGCCUAUCUUGGCUGCAGAGGGGAAGUGGGAACCCCCCGCAUACAGGAUCGUCCCGGACAGCGUGCUGGAGAUCCAGCAAUCGGUAUACGACUGGGCCGACAGCUCUAGUUGGUACAACCUCAUCCUACUAAGUGGAGGGACAGGAUUUGCCGUCAAGGACAACACCCCUGAAGUUUGUGAUUCUGAUCUGCUUGACCGUUACCUUUUGCUCAUGAAAUCACCAGGCCGUGUCCCCCCUAAUCCAACGCCAUGCGCCAGGACUAGUACUUUAAGACACGGCAUGAUUGCUGCCUCCUUAAAAGUAACACCUUUUGCUAUGAUGGCAAGACCAGUUGCUGGUGUUCGUAAUAAGACUUUGAUUAUUACCUUACCUGGUUCACCCAAAGGGGCUAUGGAGAACCUCGAGGCUGUUAUCAAGCUUCUUCCACACGCCUGUCUACAGUCUGCUGGGGCCAAUUCAAGGGACCUCCAUGCUGGAGGCGUAAAGAAGCUGGAAUCAGAGGCCGGUGUUGGUGUGCAUCAGCAUCACCACCAUAGUCACCACCAUCAUGGCCAUGGCCAUGGACAUGGGCACAAGGUCCCCAAAGCGCACACGUCGCCCUCUGAGAGACCACAGUCUAACGACCCUAGCGCAGGCCCUAACCGGCGCUAUCGCUCCUCACCCUACCCGAUGCUAUCUGUGGAUGAAGCUCUUCGGCGGAUAAUUGAGCAAACUCCCGAGCCAGACGUCGUUGAGGUCCCAACUACCACAUCCUUGAUUGGCUCAGUGAUCGCCGAAGACGUCUACGCCGCAGAGGCUGUACCAGCAUACAGAGCUAGUAUCGUCGAUGGCUAUGCUAUCAUUGCACCAGAUUCUAGCGCUUCCGGCCAGUUCACGAAAGGGAUCUUCCCCGUAGCAUCAAUAGCCCAUGCCAAUAUCGGCGGGAAUCUAGAGCCGUUGCAACCAGGGACCAUCGCUAGAAUUACCACUGGCGCCCCUCUCCCCCCAAAUGCAAAUGCCGUAGUCAUGGUCGAGGAUACGACGUUGGAUUCGUGCACACCUGAUGGGAAGGAGGAAGCGACAGUCGAAAUCCUCGCUGAGGAUAUUGAGCCCGGUGAGAAUGUGCGCGAGCCUGGCAGCGAUGUCGCGUUGGGCUCCCAAAUUGUCGCCCGCGGCGACCUGAUCUCUCCCGUUGGCGGAGAGAUUGGCUUACUGGCAUCAACCGGCACCAAGACUGUCAAGGUCUACCGAAAACCACGCGUAGGCGUUUUGAGCACUGGCGACGAGCUCGUGGAGCACAAUGACCCACGUCCUCUCACGGGCGGCCAAAUCCGCGACUCCAACCGCCCAUCUCUUCUCUCAUGCCUGAAGUCAUGGGGUUUCGAAACUGUUGACCUUGGCAUUGCUCGCGACACACCUGCCAGUGAGCUCGAGAACGCCCUCCGUGACUCCCUUCGCGGUGUAGGCCGAGCCUCCACCGGUGUCGACGUGAUAAUCACAACCGGCGGUGUCUCAAUGGGCGAGCUUGACCUCCUCAAGCCGACAAUCGAGCGCUCCCUCGGCGGCACCAUCCACUUCGGCCGCGUUGCCAUGAAACCGGGCAAGCCCACCACCUUCGCAACCGUCCCUUUCAAACCAACCGGCGACGCCACAUCCUCUCAGCAGGAGCGCCAAUCAAAACUCAUCUUCUCGCUCCCUGGAAAUCCGGCCUCUGCCCUUGUCACUCUCAACCUAUUUGUCCUCCCUUCGCUACACAAGCUCGCCGGCCUGGGACACAGCUCUCAGGCCCUCGGCUCUAAGCCCUGGCUCGCGCCCCAGCUUGGUCUCCCGCGUGUCGCUGUCGUUCUGACACAUGACUUCCCGCUUGAUCCCAAGCGCACAGAGUACCACCGUGCUGUGGUUACGGCAUCGCGCUCGGAUGGUCGGCUGUACGCGACGAGCACGGGGGUCGAGGGUGCUGGACAGCGGUCUUCGAAAGUAGGUAGUCUGGCCAAAGCAAAUGCAUUGGUGGUUUUACAGGCUGGACGGGGCGUUGAGACCAAGGGUGAGACCGUGGAGGCUUUGUUGAUGGGGGCCGUUCAUGGCUCGGAUACCCAGGUCGUUUGCUAG